AUGGGAAAGGUAGAGGAAGAAGCGUGUGCAGAUUGCUCUGGUGAUUUGCUUAAAAUCGAGGAUAAUGUUGAUGUAAUUGAGGAAACGUUUGAAGAACUUGAAGCAGAGGAAAAAGAGCGUGCUGCAAACAAGAAAAUAGUUGAUGCGUUGGCGGACGAAGAGCAGCAACGUCGUUUGAAGGAGGAGAAGGAUCAAGAAAACGAUGUGGCAAUCACUCGCCAAAUAAAUAGCGGAACAUUAAUCCGAGCUGCAGAGGAAGAGAGAGAACAAUGUUUGCGUGAGCAUCAAAUUGCCAAUAUACAAAAUGAGAUAGUGCGUAGACGUAGUCAAGCCGAAUCGACCAAAGACCCCGAGGAAGAACGCAAGCAACUUUUAAUCGAAGAAGAAAAUGUACAACAGCAACGACCAAGAGAACGGCUUCUGUCGCAAGAGUUAGUAAUGCAAUUGAAAGAGAAGGAGCGCCUGUGUCAUUCGAGUCUGCCUGAGCAUCGAGAAGACGGUUUUUCGAAUGACUGUCACACCCCUUUAAAAUUCAAUUUUGAAGUAAAUUCGGGUGAAUAUGACCAGAAAGGAAUGUUGGAUGGCUUUAGUGAGAUUCCGGUGGUGCAAGCGUCUGCCUCUAAGGUCUUAGUGGAUGGAAACUCAGAGUGGCGCUGUUUUAUUGCGUCUGAGAAUGCACAAGUUGAACAGAGUCAACUUCACGCUCUUCGACUGAGUUUAGUAGAGGAAUUGAAAGCCGAACGGCACGCCAAGUAUCUUGAAUUGGUAGGAGAUGUUCGUCUGCUUCGUUUCUUGCGUGGCCACAAGAUGAAUGUGUCAGUUGCAGCUACAAAAUACCGAGAAAUGAUGAUAGCACGUCAAAAACUGAAUCUUGAUGAUAUUCGCGAUGAUAUUGUCAAAAACAAUCUGGUGAUCGAGGACUUCCCCCAUUUCCAAAAGAUCAUUCAACAUUUGCCGUUUUUGGAUACGUAUGAUAUUUUGUCUACUCCUGACGGUCACACCUUUUACUAUGAAAUGACUGGCUAUGCCGACUUUCAAAAGCUAUUGACAAAUGUCACUGAAGACGAGUGGCAGUCCUUCUUUCUUUAUUCCAUGGAGUAUCGAGCACUUAAGCUUGACCAGCUUAGUCGUCAACAUGAAAGAUUGGUGCAGACCAUUCUAGUUUGUGAUCUCACUGGAUUCUCUAUUACGCGCUUUAACCCAAAGAUGUUUAAACGCUUGCAACCAAUCGUAUCGAUUGCAACGAAGUGCUACCCCGAGUCAGUGCACAAGCUGUUCAUUUUACACGCACCUUGGAUUUUUGAAAAGAUUUGGGACGUUAUUCAAAGUAUGCUCCAAGAAACCCAAUUGCACAAGUUGUACAUGAAAGGUAACUCGCAUGAAAGACUACUAGAACUAGCUGGUGGUAGGGACAAUCUUCCGAAGCUACUGGGGGGACGGUGCACCACUCAUACCAUUCCUCAAACCGGAUAUUUAGGUCGCGAUGCUUUCCUUAUGCUCUGUGAGGAUGGAGCAACUCAAGCCGAUAUAAAGUCGAGUAGCACACUGCAACUUCCAUUUCGCGGCAUAGGCGGUGCCGAGGAAUGCGAUAAAGUAGCUCCGGAACGAAUAUCAAGUGGUGCUUUAAUAGCGGAUUCAUACACGGCUUUCGAAGACGGAACAGUGGUGCUAUUGUGGGAUAACUCAUUCUCGUGGACACGUGAAAAGACUAUUGCUUACGCCUUACUCAGCGAGCGUGAAAGGCUUCUCACGCAGCAUACUACAAAUCACAGUGAGGCUAAAUUGAAAUCGUUCCCGCUGUGUUUUAGACUUGGACAUUUUUGA